AGUCCGAGGUGAGCUGGGAGCUGGCAUGCCGAGUGCCGUGCACCGCGAGUUGUCAGCGAGUUGAGCAUCUCCAAAUCAAACCCAGGGAUAAUUGCGUUCCGCGCGAUCCGAUUCCGCGAGAUUCCGUGUACGCCCGCGUAGGAUGAGAUCAGACUGAGCGCAAUGACAUCGAGAUACUUCGUGUUCGUCGCAGCUCUAGCGUAUGUUGCAGUGUCCGCCGCGCAAGUUUACAACGGCUACUCGGAGGAUGCAGUUGCAGCGAUCGAGCCAGCAACCACAAACAAUGACUUUGUCACGCAAACUGUCUACGGCUUCCUGGACUUCACCACGACGAUCGGCAACACGGUGAUGGUCUUCAGUCCCCAGAGCGCUCCUCCAGAAGGUGACGUCGGGAAGAAGACCACGUCCCCCACGCCGGCGAUUCAGACGAAGCCGACGACGGAGCAGCAGCCGAAGAAAAAUAUCCCCGACAUCCAGCCCAGCAAGACCCACAAGGCCGAGGAUCAGGGCGGCGAGACGAAGAAGCAGAUAAAGGGUACGAAGAUCGUCGUGAAUUCCGUGGUCGAGCAGAACGUGGUGAAUCCGUCGAAGAGUCAGGAGCCAAGUAAACAGACGAAAGCACCUGCAUUGUCGUCGGUAGUUCAGGUACGCGCCAAGGAUGAAACUCCAGGAGUGAAGAACAAUCUCGCCGAACCGGAAUACGAUUUUCUCUCAAAGCAGCCGACGGAAGUGAUCGACGAGACAUACAAAUUGAUCAACCUGCGACCCUCGUCGAAGGUUCACAAGCCGCGUGCCACCCCGCGAAGAGAUAAAGAGAACCCAACCGGUCUGGUGACCAAGUUAGGCGGCACCAUCGUGAAAGACGGGCUUACCACCGUGCACGAGACCAGCGUGAUCGGGACUUACAUCAACGGCAAGUAUGCCCAGGUGCUGCAGAGCUCGUCAAGAAUCCUGACAGAGCCGGUCGCACCGGUGGCUGAGGGUAAGAUUCGGCCCACCAACACCAACCGCAUUCUGAAGACCAUCGGUCCUCAGCAUGGCAAGCUCAAGCCUCAGCUGGAACCUACCCCGACCCAUCAACAGGAGGAGUCUUCGCUGCCCUUGGAGGCUCUCUUCAACGGACCCUCAGGCACUCCAGUGCGAACGACGCGAAGACACUCGACCCCCAAUCCGUCCAGACCCAAAUUCCGAAACAAAAUCGCCGAUGAAUACGAUAACAGCGAACCACAGCAAACGAGGACCGGAAAGAAUCGCUCCGGCAGCACAACGCGACCAAAUUAUAAAAAUCGUCCCGCGACCACCACCACUGAAGCUCCCACUCGUCGUCGCAGCGGUUUCCGGCCGAACAAUCAGUCCACUAACUCGCCCUCGAAACAGUCGACGAAGUCGAAGAACAGCGAUCAGCAGCCGUCAACAACGGUCAGUCUUCUGCCCAAGGUGAAGCUACCGAGGACGCAAGGUCGCUGGUCGUACAAGACCACGCCGAAACCGAGGAUCAUGAUUCGCAAGCAGGUGGACGAGGAUGAUUUGCGAACGUCGACGGCCGAGCCCCAGAGCACGAUGGAAUCGUUUCUCGGGGCGGUCUUUGACGAGCAAGGCAAGACGGCGGCGUUGACAGCAACGACGAUCAACGUUGCUCCGAGUGGCGCCAAUGUUGCCCAGAGAAAGGAGCUAUCCUUGACGGAGGACGAGUUAGAUCCCAGUGAGAGCGAGGACGUGGCCACCGUCAGGGUGCAACAGGAUCAACAACAGCAGCAGCAGCAUCCUGGAGAACAGAUCCUGCCGGUGGAAACGCUCAACGUGGAGAUCUCUACUGCAGCUGAUCUCGAUAAUAUAUAUUUCGAGAUUGCCACUAUCAAAUCACCUUAUUCUUACCAGGUGGGAACACUUCGAAACACCCGUUACAUCACGGUGACUUCCACCCUCAAGAAAACGUUCGCGACGGCCGAGCCGAGCAGCUCGGUCUCGCCCACCGAACCGCUCACGGAGAACAUCCUGGCGAACACUGGGGCUGCCUACGAGUCGACCCUGCCGCUAGACUCGUCCGUCGCGACUCUGCCGGCGAUCUCCCUGGACGCCGCACAGGCGACGCCGCCGUUGGAAACGCUGACGGAGACGUUCUCGACGACGCAGACGUUGCUGAAGACGCAUAUGCUGCCGGUGAUCUACGCCGGCAACAGCACCACUCGGCUGACCCUGGUGCAAACAUACAACAUCGCCCGUGUGGUGACGGCGACGAAGACGCUACCGCCGAUGGAGAUCUAUCAGUUUAUUCCGAGCAAGACGCUGAACGAGUUCAACUCGAAGCUCGACGAAGCCGGCAGCGAGCUGCACCUCGAGCUUGAUUUUGGCGACGACGAUCGCGAUGACGAGGACGUGCCCAAGAGGGUGGUGGUGCCCAACAACGAUUCCGACGGCGAUCUGGACAUCUUCAAGUCGCCGUCGCCGUCCAAGGUGAAAAACGACGCCGCGGCCAGCAGCAACGCCGAGCCUCAGCUCACUCCGGAGCAGGCCCAACAGCUGGCUCUGCUGAAAUACUUCGGUCAGCCGCAACCCCAGGUCAUCACUACCUCCAGACCGGUAAUCACCUUGGAGACGCUAUACGAAUCGCACGUGAUUCCCGUGGUGAACGCGGGAAAUACCAUCUACUCCACGCUGACCAGGCCAGUCGGCACCAUACCUAAGACGUCCUACGAGUACGGCACGUCCACCCUGAGUCCGGUGCUGCAGCCGCAAGUGCCGCAGGUGCCGCAGGUGCCGCAGCUGCCGCUGUUCCCGCAGCAGCAGCAAUUCACGGUGACGAGCGCGCCCCUGGUCACCCAGACUCUCGCCACCGUGUCCGAUUCGCGGGUGCUAAAGCUCACCUUCGGCGCCAAAACCGCCUACACCACCCUCUUCUCCACAAGGGUCGUGCCUACCGAACUCACUACCUAUAUCACCAACACGGUGCCGGUGCAGCCGACAGUGCCGGCGUAUCCCGGUUACUAUCCGGCGCCGGUGGCCUAUCCCCCCUUCCCCUUCGUCGGUUAGAUCUCGAUCCGACCUUUGUACCCCUUAAGCCCUUCGCGGUCCAUUUCGAUUGCGAUCAAUCGCCAGGUAGAUUCGUUCUCUUUCGAACAAAAUAUUAGAUUUAUUGAUUUUUAUAAUUAUAUAAAGGGAAAGAACAUAAUUCUUUUUACAAUGAACCUCUACGAACAGCGCUACGAUCAUAAACAAUUUAAACAUUUAUUUUUUUCAUGGAUAUUUUCUGCUAAUUCUUCCGAUAAAAGUACAUUAUAUAUUUCGCACGUUCAUUUUGCAUUGAUUGCCAUAGCGAAAAUUGGACAUUUAAUAAAUAAUAUAAUGAUUGUAAAUUUAAUAUUCUACUUAUCUAAAAUUUCUA